AUGAAGGUAACCAUCGCUGCAUUGUGCUCUAUACUUUUCCUCUCUACCACCCUUGCAAUUCCAACUUCGAAAGAAAAUGCUCCUAGAUCAGCAGAGAACGAAGGAAAACUUGACGUUAGAGGUGCACCUGUUUAUGACUACGAUGGUUGUUACGGUGGUUACUGCUACGGUGGUUACGGUGGUUACGAUUACGAUUAUUACGUCAAGAGGUCUGCAAAUGUCAAGAGGUCUGAGAAUGUCAAGAGGUCUGAGAAUGUCAAGAGGUCUGAGAAUGUCAAGAGGUCUGCAAAUGUCAAGAGAUCUGCGGGAGAAAACUAUGGUAACUAUGGCUAUGGUUACUACAACCCCUAUUACAACCCUUAUAUCCAUGGCUAUGGCUAUGGCUAUGAAACCUACCCUUAUAGUUAUGAAGAAACCUAUGAUUAUGAAACCUACCCUUACGAAUAUGGUUAUGACGGAAAAG